UGUGGUUAUAUCGAAGAAAACGGAGUGCUGUAAAACACUAAAUUACCUGUGGACAUUUGGACUUUUGUUUUGGACUUAAGUUCCGUCUUAUCUUUACGUUAUUACGUAGCAGCCUCUGGAGAGAACCACAAGUAGCUACCACAAGUAGUUACUAGGCAGCUCCAGCAUGUCGUUCCGUCCUCUGGUCGAGGGCGACUGCGGCGGGAUUAACCCGCUAGUGCAAUUGGGUGGACAAUUAACCCGCGACGUGGCCCGCAAGGAUGAGGGAGUCGUGCAGCGUCACAUUGAAGGAGGCGCCCGCCUCGAGAACCCACUCGUCAACGAGUUCCUCGGGCAAGUGGCUGCUCCACCACAGACAUUUCGAGUAAACAAUUUGCUGCAGGAGAUGCGCGGCAUAAACCUGAAUGGUAAUCCUGAAGAACAGAUGCAGCAUAUGCAGAAUAUGCAGCAGGCUGAACAGUGGACCCAGGAAAUAAACCAGACUAUCCCAGCUCCUAUUAUCCCUAACCAAAUGAUGCGCAUGCAUCCUCGUAUGCAGGAUGCCUUGGAGUUCUUCGAUGGGCCAAGUUCUUCAAACAGCCAAGCCUUACAGCGUUUUCCCGGGCCCCAGGCCUACCUUCCCUUGGCAAAUGCCCUCUAUCAGGAGCAGGUGGAUCCCUUUUUUGAUUCCGAAGUAGAUGGUGUUGACACUCAAGCCGCCAUUACGGCCCCUCCACCUGUUAUGGAUUCCCUUAACGAAUGGCUAGACGAAUUUCGGGCCACUACCGAAGAAAAGGAACAGACUGCCGCGAACUUCAACGAUAGGUUCUGGAAGCGUCUGCAGGAGGACUGGCAGCAAAUGUCAAAUGAUAACGAUCAUUCCUGGCUUUCGGAAUUCAACGAGAAUCUAGAUCCCUACAAGGAGUACCAGUUCGCAGAAGAUAAUCCUAUGUCUGAUUUGGAAAACGCUUAUGAGAAGGGCAAGGAAUACCUUGCUAAACAUGACAUUCCCAGCGCUGUCCUCUGCUUUGAGGUGGCCGCCAAAAAGGAGCCAGAACGUGCUGAAAUCUGGCAGAUCCUGGGUACUUCCCAAGCUGAAAACGAAAUGGAUCCACAGGCCAUUUCUGCUCUGAAGCGAGCCCUUGAGCUCCAGUCUGACAAUCUCCAAGUGCUCAUGGCCUUGGCCGUUUGCUACACCAACGAAAGCCUCCAGAAUAAUGCGGUUCGCAUGCUGGCCACCUGGCUGUCGGUGCACCCAAAGUAUAAGCAUCUAAUUUCUGAUGAUUCGGACAUGGAGUUCGAGAGCGAUUCGCUGGCCUCUUCCCUGGUCGGGCCCAACAAGUUGAAGGACCUUCAGGCGUUCUACUUGGAGGCAGUGCGUCAGCGUGCGCCAGAGGUAGAUCCCGACUUGCAGGAGGCACUGGGUGUCCUCUUCAACUUAUCUGGAGAGUACGACAAGGCAGUUGACUGCUUCAGCGCAGCUUUGCAGGUUGAUCCUAAAAAUGCCAAAAUCUGGAACCGCAUGGGUGCCAGCCUAGCCAACGGUUCUCGAUCUGUGGAGGCAGUAGAUGCAUAUCAGCAAGCUCUUGAGCUUCAGCCCGGCUUUAUCCGGGUCCGUUACAACGUCGGCGUGUGCUGCAUGAAUCUGAAGGCGUACAAGGAGGCGGUGGAGCAUCUGCUGACUGCUCUGACCAUGCAGUCGCACACUAGGGCCGCCCAGGAGUUGCCAAAUGCGGCGAUGGCGGCCACCGCCACCGGCCAGAACCAGAUGUCUGACUCGAUUUGGAGUACUCUUAAGAUGGUCGUUUCGCUAAUGGGACGCAGCGAUCUUCAGGAGUAUAUUGCUGAUCGCAAUCUAACUGCAAUGAACGAAGCCUUUAAGGACUAAACAGGACGUAUCGCAUUCCCAGAAAAGGACUUGUCAAUUUAAUUUAAUUUUGUUUUCUUGUUCUAUGUUCCUAAUCUAUAAGCCAUUAAAUAAAUGUUUAGGAAAUACA